AGCUUGAUGCUGAUGAAUCUGUGAUGACAGGAGGAGCUAAGAGCAGAGGAAGCAGCAGGUGAAUCAUUAAGCAGCUUCUAGUUUUUACCGUCCCACCUGUUCAAACCUGUACACCUGUAUAAACUAAAAGAUACUGAGAGCGGAAAUGUUCCGCUGUACAUGACCGGGUUCGCUUCCCAAAUAAAAGUAAAAAUAAGAGCCCAGAGGGACAAAAAGACGAAACCACGCCGCCAGAGCCUGGAUUUAGCAGCUCAGUUGUUGUGAGAGAAGGAACUUCAGAGUUGGAGCCAUGUUGUCGGCGGAGGAGAUUCUGUGCAACACGCAGCAGGUGAUCGCCGGUCUUGAGGCGCUGAAAGGGGAGAACCGCAGUCUGCUGGACAACCUGCAGGAGGCGUUGGAGAGCCGGCCGGUGUCGGACAGCGGCAGCGUGGAGCAGGAGAAGAGCGGAAUCAUCCGCCAAUCACUGGAGAGGAUAGAGCUGGGGCUGAGUGAGGCACAGGUGAUGAUGGCGUUGUCGGCUCACCUGGGUUCACUGGAGGCAGAAAAACAGAAGCUGCGCGCUCAGGUGCGUCGCCUGUGUCAGGAGAACCAGUGGUUGAGGGACGAGCUGGCAGGUGCUCAGCAGCGGCUGCAGGACAGGGAGCAGGAGGUGGUCACCCUGGAGGAGCAGAACAGACACCUGCAGUUCAUGUCCUCCAUACGCAAAUACGACCUGGAGGAAACGCAGCUGGAUGACAAAGGUACAAGUUCCACCAAAGAGUCUCUGGAUGACCUCUUUCCUACUGAGGACGAGGAACAGUCACAUGUGUCCCAGCCUCACCACAGCAGUGCAGCUGCCGCAGCCCAGCAGGGCGGUUAUGAGAUCCCCGCCCGCCUUCGAACACUCCACAACCUGGUCAUCCAGUACGCAUCCCAGGGUCGAUACGAGGUCGCUGUGCCACUCUGCAAACAGGCUUUGGAAGACCUGGAGAAGUCCUCAGGCCACACCCACCCAGACGUAGCCACCAUGCUAAAUAUACUGGCGCUGGUAUACAGAGACCAGAACAAAUACAAAGAAGCGGCCAACCUGCUGAACGACGCGUUGGCCAUCAGAGAGAAAACUCUUGGAGUAGACCAUCCGGCUGUGGCAGCAACGCUCAACAACCUGGCGGUGCUUUAUGGAAAAAGAGGAAAAUACAAGGAAGCAGAGCCGCUGUGUAAAAGAGCUCUGGAGAUCAGAGAGAAAGUUCUGGGUACAGACCACCCAGAUGUGGCCAAGCAGCUGAACAAUCUGGCUCUGCUGUGUCAGAACCAGGGGAAGUACCAGGAGGUGGAGCAGUAUUACGAACGCGCUCUGCACAUCUACCAGAGCAAACUGGGACUAGACGACGCCAACGUGGCCAAGACCAAGAACAACCUGGCAUCGUGCUAUCUAAAGCAGGGGAAAUACAGACAAGCUGAAGCUCUUUACAAAGAAAUCCUGACCAGAGCACACGAAAAGGAGUUUGGAUCUGUAGAAGGCGACGGACUUCCCAGCUGGUCCGGUGCCGAGGACGGCGGCUCCGGACAGGACGGACUCAGUAACCUGAGGCGCAGCGGCUCCUUCACCAAACUCCGAGAGUCCAUACGCAGAAGCAGCGAGAAACUGGUCCGCAAGCUGAAAGGAGUUGGACUGGAGGAAACGACCCCGAGGAAUGCUGGAAUGAAGAGGGCAAACUCUCUGAAUGUGUUGAAUGUUGGAGCUAGAGAGAGUCAGGACGGCGCCCAGUCGAGCCGUUUGACAGAUGUUCGAGUCCUAAGCUCCAGCACGCAGAGCCUGACAAGACGAGGGUCACUCAGUGGUACCAGCUAACAUACACACACACACACACCUACCUCUCACGAGAGAACCGGACAUAUGUUCACACGUAUCGCUUACAUCAGAUGUGGACAGAUGUUCUACACCCAAGUGGAUUCCCCACUUUCAGUCCCCUCGAGAAAAAUGGAGAUAGUUGUUGCUAUUGGAGACAAAACUCUAACUUGCAAAUGUUUUAUAUAUGCAUUAUUUAAAGAUUUGUUUUAUUUGCCAUUUAGGAAAUUUUACUGCCAGCUUAAUAUCACAAGUUGGCCUCCGGUGAUGACAAGUUUCUCCAAGACGUGAUUAAAACGGUGUCGUAACACACCGACUACACCUUGACAUAGCUACAUUGCACUAUAACCUUUCCUUCCUGUUCACUUGAAAUUUAAAAACAUUCUUUCCUGGUUUUAGACUACUUAAAAUAACACUUUACAUUUACACUGUAAGAAAACGUCACUUUCAAGGUUUUUACAUUUGUAUAUUUAAACCAGACCAUGUCUUUUAAUCUUUAAUACAGUACGUUGUUUCCUAAGAUAGUAUGCCCUUUAGGUACAUUUCUAUUAACACGGGAAAAAGUUGUGUUAUUUAUGUUUAAGAUGUUUUAAAGAAACACAAUAUUGUAGAUUUUUAAAUUGUAUAGACUGUUGAGAAGAACAGGGAAGUUAUUUGUAUAAAGAUCAAAACAUGAUGUCAAAUUGUUACAUUUGGUUCACACCUUAAGAUAUCAAGUUUGACUGUUGGAGUUAUUUAAAUGUGUUUUGCCUUUAAAAUGUGCAGGUCAUUCUAAUGAUUAUAAUGUUACAGCUAAUCAAAACGAUGUUUACUUUGCCACAUUCCAGUUUUGUUAUUCCACAUUAUGAGAAUAGGUACCAACUUUUUUUCUUAAAUAGAAACUCCAGAUGGACAAAACCAAUGCACACAUCUGAAUUUAAACAUAGUACUGCUAAAUCUUUGUCAGUGAAUGUUCUUGAUCAAACUGUGGUAAAUCAAUCAAUACUUGAAUGUUAACAUCCCUACAGUACACAUUUCAAUGUUCAGCAAUUAUGUACAGUAUUUGUUGGAAAAAAAACUUUUUUAUUUAGAAAAUACUUUGGGUGUCCACAUAGAUUCAAAGUUGUUGUGUGCCUGAGUCAAUGUUGGUAACUUUCAGCUGGCCGAGGAUUGAAGUAAAGUGACCCAUUUUGACUUUGACAGACCUGUAGUAUUUACUCAGACACUUUUACGACCCUGUGAAAGACAACUGUCACAGCACAACUGUACA